AUGAUGAUGAUCUUGAUGGAGCUGGUAUUGGUGCUGGUCAUGAUGAGGCUCACACGGGGGAUGUUCGUAAUGAUGAGGGUGUUGUUGUCCCUGAGGUUGUUUCGAGGGAUGAUGAUACCGGCAAGGUGGAUGAUGCCAAGAAUUCUGACCCUCUGGAACCUGUUGCAGAGAUCAAACAGGUGUAUUUCUUGUUUGGCCAUCAUUUUUUUUUUGUGCCCUUUGUGUGGAUUUUGUGUUUUGAGUUUGUUUUAAUAGUUUUUUAAUGUUGUUUUUGUUGUCAGCCUGAACAGUCUCAAGGUGGGGAGGAGAACAUUGAUGUUGAUGCAACAAUUGCAUCUGCUGUUAAAGCUGUGGAGAAUUUGAUUGGUUCCUCAACUCAUGUCCCUGCUUCUGUUGAGACUUCUGAGAAGACUGAUCUUGAAAUGGUUGUUUUUCAAGAGACUCCUAUUUUACGUCCUCAAAAGAGGGAUCGGAAGAAAGGAGCUGUUUUGAAAUCUCCAUUCAUUGAGCUUGCUUCUGGUGCAUCUAAAUCAGGUUCAUCCUCAGUUUCUCCUGAUGAUUCUGUUUAUAAGGUCGUUAAAUAUGUGCGUGGUUUGUGCCCGUUGGACAACAAGAUUGGUGAACCUGUCGAUCCGCAAUUGGAAGCUGAGUUUGUCACGUGGGUUGAUACAGGUCUUAGAAAGCAUAAAUCUAACACAACAACUAAUGUGUAUUGUAAGGGUAAGGACACAAUAUUUUCGCCAUUUCGUUUUGGUGUUGAGGACAUUAGCAACAAGAUGUGGUUUCACAACCUUGCCUACCCUAAUUGUUUCCUUACCAAUUCUCACAUUGACAUUAUUUUCUACUAUCUUCGUAAGAAAAUAAUGUACUCAGCCGAGCCGAAAAUCAAAGUCACCACAACUGAUUGCCUUUUUUGUUCUAGCAUAACAAGUUUGUAUGAGAAGUUUGUUGAGAAAAACAACGAUAUAUCGGUGUUGUCUCUUUCUCACAAUGUGGCCCAGUACAUCCAAGGUGGUAAGAUAUUAUGUGCCACUCCUUGGCAUUUGGUUGAUCAUGUUGUUAUGCCUAUCAAUGUAAAAUUACAGGAUCAUUGGAUUUGUGGUCGUCUAAACAUAGUUGACAGGCGGAUAUAUCUGUACAAUUCAUUGCGUUCUGGAAGGUAUAUGACAGCUGCAAAAGAGGCUUGUAAGCCUUUUUCUGUUAUUUUACCAUAUUACUUCUCUAUGUUAGACUUCAAAGGCCUUCGCAACGAAGCUAAGUUUAGCACGAUGGAACCGUUCCCUAUUGUUGUUGUUGAUGGUUUAUCCGAGCAGGUCAGAGCGUAAGUUUUAUGUAUAGUGUUCAAUGUUUUUCACUGUUUGUUUGUAUUGUUAUGUUUUUAUUAUGUGACUUUGAUUUUUAUUAGUGUUCUCAUAGUGUCUGUUUUUGUGUUUUCUUAUUGUUUUUUUUCCAGUGAUUGUGGUGUUUUUGUAGCAUCAUUUGCUGAGUAUUUCAUUGAUGGCAAACCCAUCCCAUCCUCUGGUUUUGAUGUGGAAAUUCACCGCGAUCGUUUGGCUGUGUUAUUUUAUCAAUAUGGCAUGAAGAAGCAACUUGAGAACAUUGAAAGUGAAUACGAGGCCCCUCCCAACCUUCCCAAGAAGUGAUUUGUUUUUUCAAUCAGACUGUCAUUGUUCUUAUGGUUUUUUAAUGUUGUUUGUAUGUUUUUUUAUGUUGUUUUCGAAAAACAAACAUUGGUGUUCUGUUAUGUUUUCUUACGUUUUGUGUGGACAAUAUGUAAUCUUUAUUUUUGUAUGUUUUUUUUUCUUCUUCUUAUGUACAAACAAGUUGUUAUUUUAAAUUUGUUAGUAUUUUCAUU